ACAUAUUGGCGAACCUGGAGACGCACAGCAGGGAAGCGCCUAAAGAGAAUCGAAACACGAAGAACAAAUUCUGACCGGGUCGUCCCAGAUUUUGUUGGUUUUUUUCCAAUCCUGGUUUCGCUUUCUGCUUUUCUCAGGUGUCACCGAACUCCAGAACUUCCUUAUCUCUUCCGACGACAAAUUCUUCGAUCAGCGAUGAGCCGGCGAACCGGAACCAGCGAUCCAUCGGCUUUGACCCGGGCGGUAGAAUCCGUCUUUGCCUUUGUCAGAUUCGCCGAGUUUGAGAUCCUCUUCCUUCUAUUCUUUGUCAUCGCGUAUGUUAUCUUCAAAGACAUUACGUCGAGGCCUGAAUACAAUCAAAUACUUGUAAAGAAGCCUGGUGGAAUUGAUCUUUGGCCUUACUAGAAGAAGAAAACUUUUUGUUUGAAUGUGUUGGAUGUUAGCAUCAGUGGGAUGUUUAGCAUGCUGUCCUAUCACUAUGUAGGGUUCCUAUCCUAUUUGUAUGUCACACUAAUUUUGUAAGUGAAACAGAUAAAACUUCAAAAUCCUACUUCCAUUCUUCACACAAGAGUAGCAAAAUCGAGUAGAAGAAUUGCGACAUUACACUUCUUGAUUUUAAAUCCCAUCUUUGUUCUUUUUUU